UUGAAGUAUUUAAAGUGUUCUGUUUUGUUUGAAUACAACAUGUGCUUGUGUGCUCUUGUUAAAUAGUUAAGUUUAUUUCAUUACGAUGCAUUGGAUUCUUUCUGCAGUCAUAAGCCUGUGCAUUGCAGAAGUAGCAUGCUAUCCAUCUUUUCAAUAUUCCAAAUGGCAACAAUGUUGACCAUCCAUGUCAACCGAAUGUGAAAUGGCAAGGUGUUGGACAUUUGAAAAAAGAAGGUGGUGGUCCAAGAAAUCCUUUUGGUUUAGAUUUUUCUGCUAACAAUAUGGUAUGGGACACAACUCUGUGUCAAAUGGAUUCAGAUGGGGAUGGAAUGACGAAUGGCUAUGAAUUAGGAGACCCAAAUUGUGUUUGGGUAGCAGAACAAGGAAUUACACCGGAGAGGGUCAUAGACAUCACUCACCCCGGAAUCUGUGAUCCUUUUAAUGCUCCACAAUGCUAUCAAGCGAACAAUAACUUCACAAUAUCAUGUACACCAACUCAAUUUAACUGUCCUGCAACUCAAGAUACUGGUGUUAUCAGUUACACUUACUCUCUCCCUCCGACACCAGUACCGGUUAAGGAAACAACAUAUAUGUGCAUGGUAUUUGAUUUCCCACAAGGGCAAGACAUUCACCAGAUUGCCUAUGAACCAGCUAUAGAUAACGCAAAUGUGAUGCACCAUAUGACGAUCAUGGGGUGUAUGCCUGGGCGUAUGUAG